CAGCAGCAGCAACAGUAGUAGCGUCUAUGGGUUGAAGAUGCAGUGGCAUCCCGAGCAAAGCCAGUGGGCUGAACAGCAUUUUGACAUCUCCUCGACCACAUGCUCCCCAGCCCACAAGGCAGAGCCAUUCCGUGUAGUACCCGGCCACCUACAGUGCUCGGCCGCCUACCAGUACGCCUGGGCGAACGAUGACAUCUCGGCCCUCACCGCCUCCAACAUGCUCAAGAAAUAUGCCGAGAAAUAUUCUGGCAUCCUGGAGUUGCCCGUCUCCUAUCCCGAAGCCCCCAGUGUCCCAGCGGGGUUGAGCGGUCGGAAGGGUGAAUCGGAACCUUGGCAGGAUGGCGUCUAUCCUAUGAGCUGCAUACCUGAGGGACUUCCCGUCCGCAAGGGAGGUGUUGCAGCAGCUUCUGAGGUGGUAACUGGUUUGUGUAGCUCUCCUGGUCUUGCCUCCAGCACUCUGAGUGAGCCCAGCUACUCCAGCAGCAGCUGUGGGAGUCACACUGCCACCACACUCCACUCAUCCUCAUUACCUUCUCAGGAAUAUGACGGCACUUACAGCGGUUCCUACUUGCACAGUAGUUACAAUUCCCAUUCUGUCCCUGCGCCCGCACAUACUUCCCCAUUGCACAGCUCCGGCCUCCUGCAACCACCUCCACCGCCAUCUCACUCUACAUUAGUCCCAGCAUACAACGGAGGCUCGCCAAACUUGUCCGGUUAUAAUUACACCCCUGCAGGAUACCCUGCCCAGAGCUCAGUUGGACCUGGAUACAGUCCUAGGGGAGUGCCCCGACCAACCUCUUACCUCCCCUCAGGCAUUGCCGCACCAACACCCCUUCCCCCUUAUCCAUACCACAACCAUAACUUGACCCCAAUCGCCCCAAGCCCUCUAAAUAGUUGCUCCUCCAACUUGCUGAAGAGGAAAGCCUUCUACGUGACGGGCCAGGGAGAUAUUGACUCCUCUUAUGCAAGCUUUGGCUAUGACCAAACUCGAAGCUCAAGCGAGAGCCCAAUGUACAGAGUGGCAGACAGCAGCAGCACAAACAGGAACUGUGAUAGUCCCAUUGGCAAUGGUUUUAAGAGAGGUUCCGAGAAGCCGUCUCUAUCGUUUAAUCCACAAAAGCAGUCCACGCUGCCUUCGGAGGAACAACAGCAGCAGCAAAGAAAGUAUAGCAGCCAGGCAACUCCCAACCCACUAUCUCCAUCAGCCUACGUCUCUUCCUCACUCGGGGUUGCUCGCAUGGCAGACUUUAUAUCCCCACCCGUCAGUGAGCAAAAUGCUGAAGAUCAUCGUAUCCAUCACUCCCGCUCAGGUGUUCCCUCCUCACGCACUGCUGAAGAGCAACUAAAAACCUGUGACCCACACCUCUUGGGCAUGGUAACCUCUGAAAUAGUUCAGAUGGCCCCUCCCAUGGACUGGAGUGACAUUGCAGGCUUAGAACUGGCCAAAGCGACCCUGAAAGAGGAGGUUCUCUGGCCCAUUCUGCGCCCUGACAUGUUCAGAAGCUUAGGAGCCACCCCGCAUUGUGUGCUGCUGUUUGGCCCGAGAGGCAGUGGCCGGACGUUGCUAGGCCGCUGUCUGGCCAUCCAGCUUGGGGCAUCGUUACUUCGGCUCAGUGGGUCUACUUUAGUCACCAAGUGGCUGACAGAUGGGAAGGAAAUUAUCAGAGCGUCCUUCCUGGUAGCUCGCUGCCGUCAACCCUCCGUACUGUUCAUUAGUGAGGUGGACAUGCUGCUUUCGGCGCAACUCACUGAAGAAAGUCCCAUUAACAGACUAAAGAGGGAGCUACUUUCCCAGCUGGACUCACUUCUAAUGGGCUCGGGUGGAGAUGGAAGACAACACGUGUUAGUGGUUUGCUCCACAAGCAGACCCCAAGACAUCGAUGAAGGGCUGCACAGCUACUUUGCUCGGCGGCUUUUUGUAUCCCUGCCCGAUAGUGCCGCCCGGCACCAGAUUGUCAGCCAGCUCCUCACCCAAUCCCAGCACAAAUACUGCAUGAGUGAGGAGGAGCUGGCACUGGUUGUCCAACGCACUGAAGGAUUCUCGGGACUUGACCUCUCCAGACUUUGCCAGGAAACCCAUGUGGGUCUGUUACACAUAUCCACACAACAGGGCGUGGAGAUGCCCGGUAUGAUUCGGCCCCUAACCUACCAGGACUUUGAGAGGGUCUUUUGUAAAUUUCGUGCCAGUGUAUCGCAAAAAGAAAUGGAUAUGUACACUGAAUGGAACAAAAUGUUUGGAUCCAGACAAUGAAAGGACGUGCGCUUUUGUCAAGAGGCCCCUUUUCUAUAGACAGACAUGUUGUGCUGGAGGGAAAAAAAAAACCCAGACAGAAAAUAAUACACACUGGCAUUGCAGGAUUUGUCCACACGUUAUAUGUGUGUGUAUAUAUAUGUACUAGGGGUGUAACGGUAGGCUACAUGAAUUUGAUUGUGCAUUUUUCACUACAAAGCAUUGGGUAAAAACGGGUACAGACAUCGUGACGCAUAAACAUCAGUGGAGUAUGGAGGGGAAAAA